AUCAAUGUGAUUUAUUUGAUUGAAAUUCAAAAUUUCUUUUGAUCUGAAAAUUAAAUAUUUUGUUGAACACGUAUUGCGUAUGUUUUCCCCGUUUCCCGCCAUUUCCUCGUCCUGCCCGGCGGUGGGCGCCCUCGCGCGGCAGAGUGCCGGCGGCCGCGACCCGCGGCGCAUGCGUGCGGCGACAUCGACGAGCUUUUGUUUACUUAUUUCCUCCCGACAGUAUCGUGGACGCGACUCGCGGGACUCCAACAUUGUAGUCUUGGUAUUUAGUAAAAGCAUACAUCAUUCAAAUAUAAAGUGUUUUUCUUUAAUCUGUCGUGCAUGUGAGAACUUGUCCGUUUUGUGUGGUGAUAUUUAGGAUUCAAAGGCCAUCAGAAUUUUAUUUUACGCUGCCGGCCAAUCAAUUGUCAGCGCACGGGCCGGCGUGCCAUGGUAUGGUGUCGCAGCGGCAGCGGGCAGCGAUGCGGGCGUGGCUGUGCGCGGGCGCCGCUCUGGCGCUACUGCCGCUAGUGCCCGCCGACGUCAUCUUCCGCGUGCCUGAAGUACUGGUGCGUCAUGCAGCGGCGUCGAAGCCGGUGGGCACGGGGCGCGGUAACGGCAGCCGCGGCAACGAGACCGAGGUGUGGGGCGCGGACGACGGCGACGCGCUGCUGGAGGUGCGCUACGAGGAGUACUUCGUGGAGCACGACGUGUCCACCGCGGACGCGCGCCGCGCCGCCAACGGCCUGAACGUCAAUGACAUCCCGGCGACGCGGCCGGGCUGCGGCAGCUGCAGCCAGCGCGAGCUGGAGUACUGCGAGACGCGCGUGCUGGCGGACCACUGCUGCUGCGAGCGGCGCUUCGUGCCCGAGCCCUUCCCCUGGCUGCCGCACACCUGCUACGUGGGCGCGCGCCGCUGCCGCCCGCUCGCGCACGACUGCGCGCAGUACGCACGCCUGCGCGACUGCUGCUGCUACAGGAAGCUCGCUGAACGAUGGAAGGGCAUUCUGUCGAAGUCGACGCGGCUGGGCGUGAGCGGCGUGUCGCUGCUGCUGCUGUCCAUGCUGCUGUUCGUGGCGUACCUGUGACGGCAGCUGGCGCCGCGCCCCCAGCUCGCGCCCGCCCUCGUCUGAACACAUCACAUUACGUCAUGAACAUGACUUCGCACCUUACUAUGAACUCUUAAAGCCGGUUUUGAUUUAGAAGCGAAACGUCGCUAUCUCUGUUCUAUAACCGCAAGAGCCUGACUUAGUAAGAAUUACAAAAUGUUCAAUGACAAGUGUAGACUUUUCUGACAUGUAACUAAGAUGUGCGUCGUUCAUUUCAUUUCGGCAGCUGUUUAGAUACCAUAUUGAAUAUUGAUAAGUGACACUCAAGUAUCCUCUUUAGAUUAGAAUUUUAAGUAAAAUCAAGGAAUCGAUUUGUAAAUAUGAACGAAAAAAAAAGGGUAAAGUUUAGCGCAACAGUGUUAAAAGUAGUGUGUACAUACAGUGUGUAGUGUCGAGGCCGCGAGGUGGGUACCCACGCUUAUAGUGCAGUUGAGGUGAGAGCGAGGAAAAGAAGGCUAUAAUAUAUUAUUUAAUAAACUGUGUUUAUUACACUGGCAUAACUUUAUAGUACACCAUCUUUUGAACAGUCUCUGGACCUCAUAUUUCAAAAUGGAAAUUUGUAAAACCGGCCUAGUUGUUAUCGAGACUAAUAUCAGUAAAUAUUUAUAAUUA